GACUGAGCAGAGCGCGCUCCCGGCGGACGCGGCGGCGGCGCCCGGCGCGAGGGUCCGGGAUGGGCAGCCAUCAGUCUUCUCAGGAAGUGCGAUCCCGCUCGGGCCGCUCGCCGUCCCCGGGGUUCGCCGGAACCCGCAGGGUUAACAGGGGCUGGUGGGUCCCGGACGUAAGGAGGUGCCGUCCGGCACCGAGGGUCUGCACAUCGCACGCGGGCGGGUCUGCGCCAGCGGCUCGGAACCCCGCCGGAGAACCGGGCGCGCCGGGGUUAAUCCCUCGGGCCCAGAAGGGGGGGCAGACCCCGAACCCCAGGAUCAGAGGCAGCAGGGUCCCGGGCCGAGACCAGAGCGCCUGCUUCCGAUGCCGUUCCCCUCGGGCUGCGUGAGCGCCGGCCGGGCCUCUGCCGCAGACAUGGAGAAACUCAGCGCCCUGCAGGAGCAGAAGGGCGAGCUGCGCAAGCGGCUGUCCUACACCACACAUAAGCUGGAGAAACUGGAGACCGAGUUUGACUCCACACGCCACUACCUGGAGAUUGAGCUACGGCGCGCUCAGGAGGAGCUGGACAAGGUCACUGAGAAACUGCGCAGGAUUCAGAGCAACUACAUGACCCUGCAGCGUGUCAACCAAGAACUGGAGGAUAAGCUGUACCGGAUGGGCCAACACUAUGAGGAAGAGAAGCGUGCCAUGAGCCACGAGAUUGUCGCCCUCAACAGCCACCUGCUGGAGGCCAAGGUGACCAUCGACAAGCUGUCAGAGGACAACGAGCUCUAUAGGAAGGACUGCAAUCUAGCGGCCCAGCUGCUGCAGUGCAGCCAGACCUACGGCAGGGUCCAUAAGGUGUCCGAGGUAACGUGGCCCCGCCCCACAGCCAGGCCCGCCCCGUCCCAGGACCACCCGGCUCCUUUUGGGCCACCCCACCCCGAAGCCUCUCCCCACCCUCCAAGAAGAAGCUGCCCGCUACCCUCGGACUUCCAGCAGCGUGUGAGCCUGCACAUGGAGAAGCAUGGCUGCAGCCUACCUUCCCAGCUCUGCCAUCCGGUCUACGCUGACAGCGUGCCCACCUGCGUCAUCGCCAAGGUGCUAGAGAAGCCAGACCCUGGUAGUCUGUCCUCGCACCUGUCGGAUGCCUCUGUCUGCGACCUGGGCUUCUGUGAUGGCGUGGAGAAGUCUGGCGCACGACCCCAGUACAAGGAAGACAUCUACUGCAGCGACACGGCUCUCUACUGCCCCGAAGAGCGUCAGCACGACCGGCGACCCAGCGUGGACACGCCGGUGACCGAUGUGGGCUUCCUGCGGGGGCAGAAUUCCACCGACAGCGCAGCGGAUGAGGAGGAGGAAGCCGAGGCGGCAGCCUACCCUGAGGCCUUCCGCCACGAUGCCUUCCCGGGCUACGCGGCCUCGCUGCCCACGUCCAGCUCCUACUCCAGCUUCAGCGCCACGUCCGAGGAGAAGGAGCACGCGCAGGCCAGCACGCUGACCGCCUCGCAGCAGGCCAUCUACCUGAAUAGCCGCGACGAGCUCUUCAACCGCAAGCCGCCCUCUGCCAGCUAUGGGGGCAGCGCUCGCUUCCCCAAGGCCUCGGCCACCCUGGCCUCCCCGCUCGAGGCCCAGGUAGCCCCAGGCUUUGCUCGGACUGUGUCUCCGUACCAGGCCGAGUCCUACCGCUUCCCGACCUCCCCAGGUCCCCAGCCGGCUCUGAUGCCUCCAAACCUGUGGAACCUGAGGGCCAAGCCAAGCGGUAACCGGCUCGCUGGAGAGAACAUUCGAGGCCAGUGGCGCCCCGUGAGCGUGGAGGAUGUCGGCGCCUACUCCUACCAGGCUGGCACCGCCGGCCGCGCCUCGCCCUGCAACUUCUCAGAACGUUUCUACGGCGCUGGCCGCGGCGGCGGCGGUAGCAGCCCAGGCAAGAAGGCCGAGGGCCGUGCCAGCCCCCUCUAUGCCACCUACAAAGCUGAUAGUUUCUCGGAGGGCGAUGACCUCUCCCAGGGUCAUCUGGCCGAGCCCUGCUACCUCCGAGCAGGGGGCGAUCUGAGCCUCAGCCCCAGCCGUUCAGUCGACCCUGGCUAUGCAGCCAGUGAGGGGGAUGGGGAUAGGCUGGGGGUGCAGCUGUGCGGGGCUGGCAGCAGCCCCGAGCCCGAGCAUGGUUCCAGGGAUUCCUUGGAGCCCAGCUCCAUGGAGGCCUCUCCUGAAAUGCGCCCUGGUACCCGUCUUAGUCCUCAGCAGGCCUUCCCCAGGACUGGAGGGUCUGGGCUGAGCCGUAAGGACAGUCUCACUAAGGCCCAGCUCUACGGUACCCUGCUCAACUGACUGCCAGCAGCAGGCUGCAGUCAGGGGCCCCCACC